AUGCGCAUUCUGAUUACGGGAGCCGCUGGCUUCGUAGGCCAACUCGUAGCAAAGAAACUUCUCGAGGAUGAAAACGCCGCACACUCACUCAUCCUCACUGACAUCAUCGAACCCCCCAUCCCAAAGAACCGGCGCCCCUCCAGCCAUGUCCAAGCCAUCAAAGCAGACCUAUGCACCGAAUCGGAAACCGUUGUUGCAAAAGACAUAGAAGCGGCAUUCGUCUUCCACGGCAUCAUGUCUUCUGGUGCAGAAGCCGAUUUCGAGCUGGGCAUGAAAGCAAAUUUCGACGCUACCCGCGCUCUACUCGAAACCAUCAGAAAAACAUGCCCUGGCGCGAGAGUCAUCUAUGCGUCAAGCCAAGCGGUAUACAACAACUCGGUCACACUCCCCGUCACAGAAGCGCAAAUGCCAACACCUGAAACAAGCUACGGCGCCGAAAAGAUGAUGUGCGAGUACCUCGUCGCCGAGUACACUCGUCGCGGAUUCAUUGAUGGAAUCUCUCUCCGUUUCCCCACUGUAUGCGUAAGACCCGGCAAACCUACCGCAGCGGCAAGCUCCUUUAUCAGUGGCAUGAUCCGCGAGCCUAUGAACGGUAUCAAAUGCACGAUUCCGCUUGAGGACAAGCAGUGGCGCCACUGGCUUUGUUCUCCACGUAUACUAGUCCAAAAUCUCGUCUAUGCAGCUACAACCUUUGACACCAACCGCCUCGCCAAAUUCGACCGUUCCCUCAACUUCCCCGGCAUCGGCGUCUCGAUCCAGGAUAUGAUGGACUCGCUGGAAAGAGUUGGUGGCAGUGAUAAACUAGCGCUGCUGGAGAUGAAAGAGCAGCCUGAUUUGAAGAGAAUCUUGUACUCUUGGCCGGCCGAGCUUGACAACACAAAGGCUUUCGAGCUGGGCUUUGUGAGAGACACGAGCUUCGAUCAGAUUGUCAGAGAUUACCUUUCCAACACUAUGUACGUCACUUCCUCUCACACCAUACACUCCAUCGGCUUUCCAGUCACCAACACACUUGAUGCUCCACCCGAGUUAUCCUCUCAGGCCACUCGCAUGACACAAAAUCCGGUAUCAUGUCACUAG